AUGACUUCUAACAUUGCUAAAUCUCUAAACGCAGCAAACUUAGUAGCUAGAGAACUACCAAUCACAACACUAAUGGAGUCAUUGAGAGCUUUGAUACAACAAUUGACAUACACAAACAGGAAAAGAGCACAGAAAACCACAACAGUUUUGACACCUACAGUAGAGAAAAAGCUAGUCAACAACUUUGUAAAGCCAAUAAACGAGAGCAUGUUUGAAGUGGUUGAAAUAACAAGAUCAUGGGUGUUCAAUUUAACGGAGAAGACAUGCAGUUGCAACAGAUUCCAAAUUGAUGAAUUACCGUGUGCUCAUGUGCUCGCUGUGAUAAAAGAGAUAAACUUAAAUGUUUACAAUUAUUGUUCACAUUAUUACACGACAAGAACAUGGCUUGAAACAUACAACAAGUCAAUAUAUCCGGUACACAAUCACACAACAUGGGAUGCACCACAAAACAUAAAAGAUAUCCUUCUUCUGCCACCAAACUAG